AUGGAGGAAGUGUGGAUAAAUGCAGAAUCUUCUGCAUCCCGCCGUAACAUCCCACAACAAAAUUUGCAAGAACUCUGCUGCAGAGUUUAUGCCACCCUCAUUACUGAACAUAGAGAAAAGAAUAAAAGUUGCGUAAACGACUUUUACGAUUUGUUUGGCAAAGGAGAAUGUACAUGUGAUGUGUACAUAUCUUCCCUGGAGGGAAGAAGGAAUGUGUGCACCCACGCUAUCAAAAUGGUGAGGUUUAAAAGUGGUAAAACCUUAUGCUCAUUGUGUUGA